GAGGCUCCAAGGAUUCGUUUCUACUGGCUACACCACUGAUUACUUUAAGAUUAAUUAUUUGAGCUCAAAGAGGAAGAAAAUGGGAAACCAAACAAGCAAGAAGCCACAUGAGACGACAUCAUCAUCGUCUAAGACCACAACAACAAGCAUGCACUACACAACGGAGCUGAGAUCAUACGAGGCUGCUUGUAAAGCAGACACGGAGCUACAAUCUUUCGACACGUGUUUGCAAGCAAGGACUAGUCACGUGAUAAGCACGCUAGCUACAGGUGUUGAGGUUCGAGCCCUCUCGUUCGAUUCCCUCAAAGAAGUGACCGAGUGUUUGCUUGAGAUGAAUCAAGAAGUGGUGAAAGUGAUUUUGGAUUGUAAGAAAGAUAUAUGGAAGAAUCAAGAACUGUUUGAACUCGUUGAAGAGUACUUUGAGAAUAGCUUGAAGACUCUUGACUUCUGUGCUGCUUUGGAGAAAGGUUUGAGAAAGGCUCGUGAUAGUCAGCUUUUGAUUCUUGUUGCUCUUCAGCAGUUUGAAGAUGAGAGCAUCGUUGAAGGUGGGAAUGGAUACGAGAAGACACUUGAAGAGCUAAAGAACUUCAAGGAGGCAGAGUCACCUUUCAACGAAGACUUCUUCAAGAUGUUCCAAUCUGUUUACAAACACCAGAUGCUGAUGCUCGAGAAGCUACAAAACCGCAAGAACAAGCUUGACAAGAAGCUCAAAUCCAUCCACACAUGGAGAAAACUCUCCAACAUCAUAUUCGUGGCUACAUUCGCCACUGUACUCAUCUGCUCAGUCGUGGCUGCAGCCAUGGCGGCUCCUCCUGUAGCUGCGGCUCUGGCCGCAGCUACGGCUAUACCGCUGGGAUCAAUGGGGAAAUGGGUGGACUCUUUGUGGAAGAACUAUGAGAAUGCGCUUAAAGGACAGAAAGAAGUGAUCAGUUCUAUGCAGGCAGGGACGUUUGUGGCGGUUAAGGACUUGGAUAACAUCAGGGUUCUGAUUGAACGGUUGGAGAUUGAGAUCAAGGGGAUGGUGAUGUGUGCGGAGUUCGCUGUGGAGCAUGAAGCGGUCAAGAUUGGGAUUGAUGAGAUUAAGAAGAAGCUGGAGGUGUUUAAGAAGAAUGUGGAGGAGUUGGGGGUUCAAGCUGAUUUGUGUAGUAGAGAUAUAAGAAGGGCAAGGACUGUGAUACUGCAGAGGAUCAUCAAGCAUCCUAACCAUGGUAGUAGCAUCACCUGAAAAAUACACAAGCAAGACACAAGUGGAACUCAUUCUUAUUCUUCAGCUUUUGUGAUGCAUAAUAAUGAAAAUGUUUGAAGACUCUAUAAAGAAUAGUACAGAUUCUUUCUUGAGUUUAAUUAUCAAUGUUUAAUAACUCAAUUGCUGCAUUUCUGUAUUCUUUGAUUAUUGAAAACAAUUAAAUAUAAGUAUUUUU